UGAUACAAAUGUUUGUUUUGUGUCCUACUUAAAGUUUGUAAUGUUUCAAGAAAAUACGCAGUUAAUUAAUAAUUUAUUUUUAUCCUACAGUGGUUUGCUCGUGUAGUUGUAUGGUGUGCUGAACUAGCUGUGCAUGAAUUGCCGGAUCGAAUAAAAAUUUAGAUUGCCUCUCAGACUCGUGUCGAAGAGCAACCGUUAUCGAACAGUGCCCUGGUAUGGAUCCAUCCGGGGACAACUCGCCACUGUGGGGAGCCGCCCAACUAACCUUUCCCGAUUUCAACCGUCAUCACGCACCCCCACCACUGCCGCAGCCAUCGCAAUGGAUCGGGGGCGAUCCUCAGCAGCACCAGCAAGUGUUGCAACAUCCUGGGUACCAUCCGUAUCCGAUCCACGUGGAUGGCAACUACACCGCGGUGCGAAGUAAUGAAUCUCCCGAAGUCGUCGAAGCCGAUUCUACCAUUGUGGAAAAUUGUGCCACCAUCUACCAGCAUGCCGCGGGGGGCUAUCAUCAGCUGUCGGCGCCAGUUCCGGGGGAGUUGUUCCCGGUUCCGCAUGGUGGUUAUCAACCUAGUUAUGUAUCACAGCUUCCAUUUUCUAACAGUAACAAUGUUUUGUUGCCAGAAAAUGGAUCCUAUCCGCCAGCUGAGGCAAACGACCCGGAUCAAAACAUGUCUCCAGAUGGAGGAUACUCUUCGCCGGGAUCGGAAUAUUACGCAACGUACCAGUUGGCACCGCAAGCAUACUCAGCUGAUUCACCGUAUCAGAAUGUAGACUCUCCACCAGAAACCGGCAUGAUCAAAUAUGAAGAACUGGAGGUGAAACAAGAAGAUCCAGAAGUUUAUCGAAGUGACCAGUUUUCCGUGGCAUAUUCCCAACCGAUUGAUACCAACAGCGGACUAAAAUCCGAAGAUAGCAAGCCAAUCAUCCAUGAGAACAUUAUUAUAAAGCCGGCAACAAAUCCUCCGUUUCCAUUGCCAGAAUAUCAGCAACCGCAGUUUCAAGUUAUUGAGCUGCAGAGUCCAAUGAACUUCCAGAUUCAAGCACAGUUGCCCUACGACCAUACCUCACAAGUUCAUCAUCAAAUUCAACAAUCAGAACAUCACCAAGUUGAGUACCAGAUCCAUCGGGGAUCACAACAAAAAGCACAAACCAAGCCACGAAAACCCCGGAGACCACGUCCGUACCCGAUUGUGAUAGACGGUGAACGACCUUCGACGUCGAAAGGCCUAGCACCACCGGAGACCCCAUCGCCUCGCUUUCGUUUGCUGCAGGCCAACCCACCAAGUUCCGAAUACAACAAACCGGAGGAUGAAUCGGAAGAGAACUCAGCUCGCAGAUCCGCAAGGCCGAGUGUUAUCGAGAGCAGUGAUUACAAGUGUAGGAAAUGUGGCACCUUUUUUGCACGCCAAUGCGGCCUGACUCAGCAUCAGAAGUGGAUCCACGCCGAACGUAAGUUUCCAUGCGAGCGAUGUGGCAAGAAGUUCCCAUCAAAGGAAGAUUUGGCCAAACACAUCAAACGUCACGACAUGAAGGACAAACCGUUCAAGUGUCCGGUAUGUCCGAAGCAGUUUUGCCACAAGAAUGACCUCCGUCGUCACAUGUACCGCCACGAGGACACCACACCGUACAUGUGCGACGUGUGCCCAAAGUGCUUCAUCCGCAAGGACCACCUGUUGGCACAUCAGCAGUCCCACGAUCGUCGUGAAAAGAGAACUCACGAUAAGGAAAACGGAAGCCCCAAGAACUCAAUCACAGAAUUGAACAUACGUAAUCGGAACAAAUUUCUCGCGUGAGACAUUCUAUCAACCAACAGACGAACCCCGCUAACAACCGGAUUUUCGCGGUUCCUGAUGGAUCACUCCUAGUGUCAUUUUUUUUUUAGGUAAAGUUUGUUUUGUUUUCUAUUUAUUUGCAAUUUUAACCCUGUGACAUAAAAAAAAAGUAAAACGACGUAAGCAGAUCCUAAGCUGAAGGAACAUCAAAGUGGAAUUUGCGUACAUCCAGCGGUUCCUUUAGUAUCAUUAAAUUGCACAAAAUUGUAUUAGUACCUACCUAGCUCUUUUUUACCCAGUUAGCGGGGUAGAAAAAUGUGACAAGUUGGUGUUUUAUAUUUAUUUUCAUUUAUUGUCAGUUUAUGCUCAUGAGAAGUUAAUUAAAUCUUCUAAUUGGAAUCGUAGAAAUUUGGUCUCGUUUGUCGACAUUAUAAGUAGGUUUAGGUGAAGAAGAUCAUAAAUUAUCCUUGUAGAAGUACCAAUGGUCUGUCAUGACAUGUUAGCUCAAAGAUUGAUUAUUUUAAAAUCAUAGAUUAUUUACAAUAAUGAUGAAAUAUUAUACCUAUAGCAUAAGUAUCGAUGAUCAAAAAAAAAUUUAGUCAGAUGACAACAAAUUAGUAAGAAAUGUCGGCAUAUGGUUUUGCGUGGAUACUGGUUAGGAAAGGUCACCCUAUUGUGAAUGUAGAAUGAAUAGGCAAGGAUGAGUGUUUUUUUUUUAUUGUAUCGAAUAAGCUGAUUGAUGUAAAGUACAACUGAUCUGUAUGUGCAAAACUACUUUAUCAAUUAACAUUUAUUGUAAAACUGAUGACCGUUUAUUAAAAUCACAAUUAUUUUUUAUUUAAUUAUGAUCCAUUUUAUCCUGCAGAAUA